CCUCCUCCCAGCAGCCUCCUGACCCAGACAUUUAAGCAGUUACUUAAGCACCCGAGUAGCAGAAGCAGCUGCAGCCGCCUCAUCGCCAUUGCCGGGACACAGGCUAGGACAGUGCCUAGUUUCCAGGGUCCCAGCAUCCCUCAAAAUGCGCUGCGAGCUGCUGUUGCUCCUAGCGGCGGGGGCUUUCUUUCUAUCCCCGGUUGUUUCCAGUUUUCACAAUGUUACUGCACAAGAGAAGUUUCAAUUUCAUUCAUGGACAAAAAAGUUCAACAAGACAUAUAAUUUGAAUGAAUAUCAUCGAAGACUACACAAUUUUCUCAAUAAUAAGAGACGAAUUGAUGAACACAAUGCUGGGAAACAUUCAUACACAUUGGGACUGAACCAGUUUUCAGAUAUGUCGUUUGAUGAAUUCAAAAAGCAGUAUCUUAUGAGUGAACCUCAAAAUUGCUCAGCUACUAAAGGCAGCCAUGUUCGACGUGUUGGGCCAUACCCAGACUUUAUGGAUUGGAGAAAGAAAGGAAAUUAUGUCUCACCAGUAAAAAACCAGGGUGGAUGUGGUAGUUGCUGGACUUUUUCUACUACUGGGGGACUGGAGUCUGCUGUUGCCAUAGCAACUGGAAAACUACUCUCUCUGGCAGAACAACAACUAGUGGACUGUGCUCAGGCUUUCAACAAUCAUGGAUGCAAUGGGGGUCUCCCAAGCCAAGCUUUUGAGUAUAUAAUGUAUAAUAAUGGAAUUAUGGGAGAAGACACAUAUCCUUAUGAAGGAAAGGAUGGCACUUGCAGAUUCAAACCAGACAAGGCCAUUGCUUUUGUCAAAGAUGUGGUCAACAUAACAAUUUAUGAUGAAGAAGCUAUGACUGAAGCCGUGGCCCACCAUAACCCUGUCAGUUUUGCCUUUGAAGUGACUGAAGACUUUAUGAGCUACCGUGAUGGCAUAUAUUCCAACCCCAGAUGUGAUAAAAGUCCAGAUAAAGUGAAUCAUGCAGUCCUUGCAGUUGGAUAUGGAAAAAACAAUGGCAUACUUUAUUGGAUUGUGAAAAAUUCUUGGGGUACAUCUUGGGGGAACAACGGGUACUUCCUUAUUGAGCGUGGAAAGAACAUGUGUGGUCUUGCUGACUGUGCAUCUUACCCCGUCCCAGGAAUGUAAACAGGGAUUGGCAAGGAUGAAGGGGAAAAAAGAAGAAAACAUUGUAUACCAAAAUACAACAUAAAAAAUUUAAGUGAACCCUGAAUUUUUAAGUUGGCCAUGACAGCCCAAAGUUAGUUGGUAGUUGUGAAGUCUCUUGUCCUUCCACCUCAUCUAGGAAAAAUCCCUUAGGAAAAUCAGUUUUGUGGAGUAGAAAGUUUGAGAAUCAGAAGAGUGCAGUUUCAUUUCUGUCCUCUUACAUCUAUCUAGCAGUGCAGGCAAGGAAGAAUUCAUCCUGUUUCUUAUCUUGCUGAUCAAAGCUCUGAGUAAAACAGGGCUAAAACCAUAGCAAACUGUACCCCAGGGAUUUUGACACAAUCAUUUAAAUGAAACAAGAGGUAAUAAAAGCGCCAUUUUUUUAUAUAGAAAACCACACAACACUAUUGUGGCCAUUUCAUUCUCAGGUAAUUUUUAUUCUUUUGACACUGAGCUUCUCUUUUUAAAAAUCAGAUAUACAGAUAGAUAGAUAGAUAGAUAGAUAGAUAGAUAGAUAGAUAGAUAGAUAGAUAGAUAGAUAGAUAGACAGACAGACAUAUACACAUAUAUAUGUUUUAAUGCAAUAUAUGAUUUUUUAAACUUUUUGCCAUCUACUAGUUGCUAUUUUUAAAUUUUUAUUUUGAUGAAUCAAUUUGAUUGACUGGAUACGCAAUAGUUUUGAAGUCAUUUUGGCUUACAAUUAGAGUCAAGGGGAAAAUCUGACUCAGCUGAAAUGGAGGAAACCUGACCACUGAAUCACUUUACCUUUGAGCAGACCUCAGAACUCACUGCCUAUUCCCCCAUUUGUAAAAUAAGGGUGAUGUGUGGGGUAAAAUGGAGCUUUUCAGAAUUCUGCUAGCAUAAUUUUCUUUUGCCUUACUAAGCAUCACAGCAAUGACUCCUGGGAAUUCAAAGCCAAAAUGUCCUUUUAUUAGGACUGAGAUGCUAUUGCGUACAGAUAAACUGAAUAAAGAUACUUGACUAUUUCACAA